AUGAGCUCCGCAAUCUUGGCUCAGGCUCACUCAUACCUUUCGGGGAUCCCGUUAGAAGUGAUAUCCCAAGGUGCUGAGGCUGUUGUCUUUAUGACAACUGUGCACCCAUAUCUUUCAGAGUCCAUGCAUCCUUCAGACAUACAGAUCUCAUCCAAAUACAUCAUCAAAUACAGACCAUCAAAAACAUAUCGACAUGAAAUUCUAGACAAACAAUUAACAAAAUCUCGCACUGCUGCAGAAGCUAGACUUCUUAGCAAAUUGUAUAGCCUGAAAAUCCCAGCUCCGAAACUGAUCGCUCUCGACGCACCACACGGCAUAAUAUGGAUGGAAUUUCUCGGCUUCCAACUUCCCAAUGGGCAUAUCAGUUCCCUUAAAAACUGGUUGUGGUAUUUAGAGAGACAACAGGAGGCUGAUACUACUGCAACCAUUGCUUUGUCAGACACUGUUAAGCAGGUCCUGACCCUAGUUGGACAGGCCAUAGCAAAACUUCAUUUGCAAGACAUAGUUCAUGGAGACCUCACAAGCUCCAACAUACUGCUUGAGCAGAAUAUAGAAGAAUUGCAACCCACCCUCAUAGAUUUUGGACUCUCUUCUUAUUCGCCUCUAGCAGAGGACAAGGCUGUGGAUCUUUACGUCCUAGAACGGGCCUUAACGUCUACUCACCCAGUCUACUCCGAAAAAUACAAUGAUUGGCUGCUUCAAGGCUAUGAGGAGACUUAUGGCGGCAAAACUAACAACAAGCGUAAAUAUGCAGAAGUGAGCAAACGUCUUGAGGACGUUAGACUCAGAGGACGGAAGAGAUCAAUGCUUGGCUAG